GGCAAAUGUAAGUUGACUAUUGGAAAAUCCAACGGUUUUUAAAGUCAGUAUAUUACAGGGUGGAGCAAUUCGAUAUUCUAUUAAAUUUAUUACUUUCUUUGUUCUACUCAAAGAAUUGCAAAUAAAAUUUGCACUUACCCAUAUGUACAGAUAUUUACAGGGAGUCCCUGUCAUAGGAGAGAAACUUUAUCAACAUUGACAUCUGUAAUUUCUGGAAAAAUUCCUCAUUUAACAUUGCAAAUUUGAGGUUACAACCACGAAUGUCACAUUGGCAACUUCAUUUAUUAAAAUACACAAAUCUCCGCAUUCAAGAUUCCUCGAACUUGCACAAAUUAUGGGCAACUCCUCGUAUUCUAUUCCAUCUUCUACAUAGUACUAGCGGCGUUCUUCGCGAUUUGCAUGCAAGGUUUAUUCGCCACGUUAGACGACAAACAGCCCAAAUGGAAAUUGGGCGAGAGUUCGAUCGGAACGAAUCCCGGCUUGGGCUUCAGGCCCAUAUCUAACAACACCAAAGAGGGCUCGUUGAUUUGGUACAAUCUCCACAACAGCACCACCUCCCAGCAGUGGAUCAACCUGGUCGAAGAAUUCUUACAACCUUACAAUGCCAACCAGUCGGGCAAGAAUUUCGCUGAAUGCACCUUCGAAAGCCCGCCCGAGGAAGGGAAAGUGUGCAAGACCACGUCGGACCACUUCGGGCCCUGCACGCCCCAGAACAAGUACGGCUACAACAGCCCCUCGCCUUGCGUCUUCUUGAAGCUGAAUCGAAUCAUCGACUGGACGCCGAGGGUUUUCAACUUUUCCCAAGCGGGCAUGCCCCCAGAGCUGGCUGAUUACGUUGAUAAUUUGAAUGCGACUAACUCCACGGAACGUAUGGUGUGGGUGUCGUGCAACGGCGUGACCCCCAUAGACAAGGAGCACAUUAAAGGAUUCAACUACAGUCCUAGAGGCUUCGCCAGUUAUUAUUACCCGUACAAAAAUGUAGACAACUAUUUAAGUCCGAUCGUUGCCGUACAAAUCGUCGACGUCACACCCAACGUCGUCAUUCAAGUGGAAUGCCGCGCCUGGGCGGACAACAUUAAAUACGUCGGUGGUUCUUUGAACAGGGCUGGUUCCGUGACGUUCGAGAUCCAGGUGGAUAAGAUCCCGGUGAAUUCGACGACGGGCGUGAAAUCGCCGAUGGCGUCGGCGUACAAGGAUAAAAUGCCGUCGACGAGCGCCGUCGAGGCGCCGACGACGGUCAGCGCCGUUUUGAACGCGUCGGUCGUCGGUUCCACUACCGCUUAG